UUGGGGCCUACAAGCAUAACCUCAGUUUUAUCAGAGGUACGGAGCAGGAACUUGUUAGCCAUCCAAGAUUUUACAUCUUGUAGUGAGGUUGUGUUGUGACCUUCAGAUCUCCUGCUGCACAUCAAGUUAGCAGUGUAAUGAGAAUACAGGUCUUUUGAUAGAGUAAAACAGUGCUAUUGGUUUUAAAUAGAUGGCAGUAACAUAGAAGUCGAUUUACUGACACUGACCAACAUCUUGGUUAUUAUUCAGUGUUACUCUUGUCUUUGUUGGUCGCUGGAUAAUGUGUGUACUCCAGCCACCAGCCCACUUAAAAUGCCCUGGAAAAUGCUUUCGUGAAUUCUCAAAAUACCAGACUUGGACAUAUAAUUCGAGGACACAUGGCCAUUAUUUACACUGGAGACAGGGAUACUAUUUCCAGUUCUGCUGUUUACAUACAUAUCACUUGCUUUUCUGGUUGUUUUCAAACCCUGGUUGCUCUUCUAGUUGUUUAAAUUGCUGUUUCAGCUUGAAGGUAUUGAGUAAGCGAUAGCUGAGGAGUAAGACUAUUGCUCAGACCAGAGGAGCUUGCCCUGUUCAGAAUACUUAAGUUUACAGUGGACGCUACAUUUUCUGUGCUGAAGAUUAUACUUUAGCCACCAGGGGGCAGCACAGUUCUGCAUUUACUGAUGGAGGUUGAACUGACCAGAAAGCUAUUUAUGUUUUUGAAAUGUGUUUUUAGCUUGUUUAGCACAUGUUAUUGUUUGAUUAGGUAGGUUUGAUCUAAAGGACACAAUUCCGCCAUUCAAAAAUUAAAAACAAAGAAAAAAUGUGUGAUAUGUGUUGUUACUUCAUACAAGUUCAUCUUUUCUUGUUGUGGUCAGUUUGAGGUUACAAAAGCAGUGUUAAUAUGUUCUGUAGUGCAUUGUUUAGAUUAACAGUCAAGUCAUACAUUUUAAAGAUCUCAAAUGACCAUUCUUUUUUUUUAGUUCUUUCACCCUGUCACAUACAAUUAGUAUGUCUUUUCAUUUUGUGGAUAAAAUGGAAUCACACUAACUCACAGAAUUUUUCCAUUUUCUUGUACAGCUCAUUAUCAUUGUUGCUUUCUGAGGUUCCACAGCAAGUCAGAUUAAACUUCAAAGGGUAUGUUGAUUUUUGAAAAGAUAACUGAUUCAGUAUUGCAAAUAUCUUGACUAAAAUGCCUAAAAUCUCAACUUUAAGUGCCUUCAUGAUGGUUCCCAGAAUGUCAUUUAAAGUAGUUUUCAGUCCAAAUAGCAAAAUGUCGAUUCAAACCACAUUUAUUUAUAUAGCACAUUUGAAAACAACAGUUGAGUUGUAUCAAAGUGCUUUUCAGUCAAGGUGAAUCAAUUUACAAUAACAAUAAACAAGAACAACAGAAUAGAGUAAAAAAUUCAAAAGACUAGAAACAUAUAGAACAUAUAAAAUAUAUAGGACAUAUGAAAGCAAUAACAGUGAAAGAAUAAAUGACCAAAUAACACAAGGCUGAAGUAAAAACAAGACAAAAAGAGAGAUAGAUGAGCAACCACUAAACUACUAUAUAAAUAAACAAAAAUGGCAAAGACAACUUAAAAUGAACAUAAAACAACACAUUCUGUUCAAACAUGAUAAGGAAGGAAUAUUUCCUUGGUAACAGCCGUGCCAGUUGCUCUUGGAAAUGGUUCAGGGACAUUAUACACUACUUAGCAGGCUUCACAAGACCCUCCUUGAAAUAGCCAAGGCGUCGUCAUGCCAAGCAUUUUUGUUGUCCAUGCCAGCUAACAAUGGGCUCAACACAAAGUGGCACUAUGUCAUUUCUGCGGCUUUCAAAUCCAGAGAGAAACCCCAUAGAGGGUUCUAUGGGGUUUCUCUCUGGAUUUUAAUUUUUUUUUCUUUAAGUUGGAAAGACCAAAGACUCAAUCAGGAUUACAUUCUCCAAAAGACAAAUAUAUUAUCCAUAUAAACAGGAGACAGCCAUCAUUUUCGACCAUGUGUUAAUUCUCAACUGCUAUCCAAGCCAAUCCAAUCCAAACGAUACUCAACUCCUCCAGACAGAUUUCAGAACACUAAAAAUAGAGUGAGCACACUUGUAGUCAGAUUGGACAAAGUUGAUGGUGUGGGUAAGAUUCAGUGUAAAAUCAGUUGAGCCACUACAAAAAGACAAUAUGCUUCAUGCCAAGCUGAUUGGGCUUGAAAAGGGAAGUUGUGCAAAAAGCUUUUUUGUUCUUGUGUGUUUGGAGUCUAGGAUGAUAUGGUUCAGCACCAUAAGGAGUGACUGAACAAAGGAGCAAUGACUGAAGAAAAUGUUUAACUGUCCACUAUGACGGUGCUAACCUGGACUCAAGCUACCAUGGGCUGCUGACCUGAUAAAGUCUGCAACUGAGUGAGGUCACCACUCUAGAUGAGUUUGUUGGAUUUCAAGAACCAAAUGACAACUACUUCCCAUGACUACAAUGAAACCUGGCAAUGAAUCUGUGGUUAUAGGACACUUCCGGAUUAUUAAAGACAGACUAUUUGGAGUUAAGCGUCCAAAGAACGCACCUAAUGUUGACGAUAGUUCUUCGCAUGAAGGUUUGGGCAGUUUGGACACCUUACCGGUGGAAAUACAGUUCCUUAUCAUGACAUUCCUGUCCCCUCAAGAUCUCUGCGGACUGGGAGGCACCAGUCGGUAUUGGCAAGCACUGAUUCGAGACCCUUCUCUUUGGAAAUAUUUUCUGUUGCGGGAUCUGCCUCUGUGGUCAUCAAUUGAUCACCUUUCAAUGCCUGAUAUGGAGAGUCUCGAGAAAGCUCUGUGGGAGAGCUCAGAUUCAGAAAGCCGAGAUUUUAUGGCUGAUUACCUCAGGGCUUGUCCAGCGUCCCGUGGCCUGUGGCAUCAGUCAAGGCCAGCAUAUGAAACAGUGACCUCCUUCCUGAAGUCCAUGGUGGUGACGGCCGAACCACGCUUUGCCAUGUUUGGACCUGGACUGGAACAACUCGAGAUUUCGUUAGUGACAACCAUGCUGAACUCCCCCAACAUCCUUCCAGUGACAGGGGUGACCCAAAGACAAAUCAAUGGGAUUGGAUCAGGAAUUAGUUUCAUGUACAGUGGCCAGCACAAGUUCAACAUAUUGACACUUUAUUCAACUAACAGGUCAGAGAGGGAGAGAGCUCGUUUAGAGCAUGUGGAUGUCCACAGUAGACUGUUUACACUGAGGGACGAUGAAGAAUCAGGGAGACCUGUGUUUAGCCUCGCUCCCAGCGUUCAGGAAGUGUGCCAAGCUGUGGAUGGAUUUAUCUUUGUUGUGAAUGCAGAGCGAGGAAGAGAAUCCGAUGAAGCGAUGGAGAAGGAGUUUGCUCAGAUCACGGCCAUGCUGGAGCCUGUGUGGGGCCCCUCCUCUCGGCCCCUGCUAGUGUUGUCCUGCACGUCCCGAGAGGGGCCAGAGUGUCCCCGUGUCCCCUGCCUGAAGACAGCCCAGCGGCUGAAGCUCAGCCUCUUGCCAAACCCCUGGAUGGUGCAGGACACAGUGGCAGACACACUGCCAGGCUUUCUGGAUGGUAUUCUGUGGCUACUCAGACAGACUGGAAUGAGAAUCUAGCCCUGGAGAGACCUAGUUUAUAUAACUGCAGUAAGACGUCGUUAAGGCUGACAAGCGACUUUGACAACAAUGACAUUAAGACGCUGACAGUGGUGACUCCUGUAAACGCGCAAACUCCUGUGAAUGACGAGUCUCGAUCAGCAAAUGAAAAUGAGAUACACACCCACGGACGGGGGCUGGGGAAGGCGUGGCCGCCCAUUUCAUGACGUAGAGAAGUCCCAAAUGGUUGACUCCACCUCAGCAUUGGCCUUGCAAGGCGAGGUGUUGAGCCAUUUUUAUAAAAUGCAGAUAUUUAUAAAAAUGGUGAUUUUGUCAAUAUUAACACCAGCAUUGAUAUGUUUCAUCAGUCAUAUCAUUUAGUUUACAGCUCAAAAAACAUAUAAUAAUGCUAUUGGUUUUAAAUAGGUGGCGUAGAAGACAUAGAAGUCGAUUUACUGACACUGACCAACAUCUUGGUUAUUAUUCAGUGUUACUCUUGUCUUUGUUGGUCGCUGGAUAAUGUGUGUACUCCAGCCACCAGCCCACUUAAAAUGCCCUGGAAAAUGCUUUCGUGAAUUCUCAAAAUACCAGACUUGGACAUAUAAUUCGAGGACACAUGGCCAUUAUUUACACAGGAGGCAGAGGGCUACUAUUUGGAAUCUUACAUUUCCAGUUCUGCUGUUUUCAUACAUAUCACUUGCUUUUCUGGUUGCUUUCAAACCCUGGUUGCUCUUCUAGUUGUUUAAAUUGCUGUUUCAGCUUGAAGGUAUUGAGUAAGCAAUAGCUGAGAAGUUAGACUAUUGCUCAGACCAGAGGAGCUUGUCCUGUUCAGAAUACUAAAGUUUACAGUGGACGCUCCAUUUUCUGUGAUGAAGAUUAUACUUUGGCCACCAGAGGGCAGCACAGUUCUGCAUUUACUGAUGGAGGUUGAACUGACCAGAAAGCUGUUUAUGCUUUUGAAAUGUGUUUUUAAUUUUAGGUGGGAGUUUGCAGACAUUGUUAGCUGAUUCUGUCCAAGUAACUAAUGUGAACUAUUGAAAUAAAAAAAUGCCAUUUCUAUUGCCA